AUGCCUUCCUCAAAGGAAUUACCACCAUCGAAAACUCCAUUCUUCCCCAACCAGUUUAUCAAAAACCAAUUCUGCUCCACCCCGCGGCUUCCCCCCGAGGAUACAGAUCUCUCUGGAAAGGUCGCUAUCGUGACGGGAUCCAACAGCGGCCUAGGCUUUGAAUGUGCCCGUCAAUUUCUAUCUUUCAAGCUCUCCCACCUGAUCAUCGCUGUGCGCACAGCCGCAAAGGGUGAGGAUGCCGCCGCCAAACUGCGGGAACAGUACCCCAAUGCCACCAUCGCCGUGUGGCUCCUGGACAUGAGCUCCUAUGAAUCCAUUCAAGCUUUUACAGCGCGAGCCGAGAAAGAGCUCACGCGGCUAGAUAUCGCAAUCUUGAAUGCUGGCGUCGUGGGGGCGAGUUUCAAGAUCGUGCCCGGGACGGGACACGAGGAAGCCGUCCAGAUCAAUUUCUUGUCAACCAUGUUCCUCGCUAUUCUGUUACUGCCAAUUCUUAAGAACAAAUCCCCUGCCGGGUUCCCCGGACGUUUGACGAUAGUCACCACCAUGCUCUCAUUGACAGCCAAAUUUGCCAAUAAAAAAGCAGACCCACUGCUUCCGUCGUUUGACGACGAGAAGAGCUUUGAUUCGGUCGACCGAUACCCAACCUCAAAACUUCUGGGUCAAUUGUUCCUCUGGAAGCUUACAGAGUCGGUCUCUGCCGAAGAUGUUAUUGUAAAUAUGGUCGAGCCUGGCUUUGUCAAAGGGACGGAGUUGCAGCGAGAUGCUCCAAUGGCCGUCAAAAUCUUCCUAAAUACGUUGAAGGCGGUCUCUGCUCGAACUGUGAAGGUUGGAGCAUCAACAUAUUUGGAUGCUUCCAUCGUCAAAAAGAAAGAUACACAUGGAUCUCUUCUUAUGAACUGGGACAUUGCACCAUAUCCUGCAUUUGUGUACUCCCCCGAGGGCAAGGAAGUCAUGGAAAGAUUAUGGGAAGAGACAUUGAAGGAGUUCAGUUCCAUUGAUGUGAAUGAAAUCCUUGGGUCGCUCUAA